AAAAAAAGAAAUUAAGAUUUUCCUGAUGCUAAAGGCCACUCUACUCAAGAAUGCUAUAAAUAUAGAUUAUACUUACACCCCUCAGCUCAUCUACCUCUUACAACACCAUUCUAUUAAAAACAUUGUGUGAGUUGUGAGGAAACUAGAACAAUAUGAUGGGGGAGAUGACGCUGAUGGCCGUAGCUAUGGGCGCUUGGGCCAUGUUCCUGCAACUGUUUCCAGGCCAACUUCGAAGGGAUGCCAGAAGAUAUGUUAACAAACUUGUUAGUUAUCUGUACCCUUACGUCGAAAUCACUUUUCAUGAAUUCCAAGCAGACACUUGGUUCGAACGAAGCGAGGCGUUUGAAGCUAUAGAACGGUACCUCAGUGCCAACUCCUCGAAAAUGGCUAAAAGGCUCAAGGCAAAUGUAGUCAAGGAUUGCAAAUCUGUUGUCCUGAGCAUGGAUGAGAAUGAAGAAGUCACAGACGAGUUCAACGGCAUCCAAAUCUGGUGGACCUCGAACAAAGACACCCCUGAACAGCGAGCUCUCUUUUCGUAUCGUGGUGAUGAAGAGAAUCGGUUCUACCGGCUCACUUGCAAAAGAGAACACCGUGAUAUCAUCACUAAAGAUUAUGUGAAACAUGUGCUAGAUGAGGGGAAGGCUAUUGCGGUAAGAACAAGGCAACGCAAGCUCUAUACCAACAAUAAGACUGAAAAGUGGUCCAGAUUCAAGAGAACUAUGUGGAGCCACAUCAUAUUUGAGCACCCUUCUACCUUUGAUACGCUUGCAAUGGAUCCCAAAAAGAAGAAGGAGAUUUUGAACGAUUUAAUAACGUUCAGCAAGUCACAAGACUACUACAAGAAGGUGGGCAAGUCAUGGAAGCGAGGAUAUCUUCUUUAUGGUCCACCAGGUACCGGAAAGUCUAGUAUGAUUGCGGCCAUGGCUAACCUUCUCGACUAUGAUAUCUAUGAUCUUGAAUUAGCAUCUGUGAAAGACAACACAGAUUUGAGGAAGUUACUGAUUGAUACAUCAACUAAGUCGAUAAUAGUGAUUGAAGAUAUCGAUUGCUCGCUUAAUCUUACCGGACAGAGAAAGGAGAAGAAAGAAGAGGGUAAAGAAGAUAAGGAUCCAGUUGAGAAAAAGGUUGAAGAGGAAUUAGAGGAUAAGAAGAAAAAGGGAAGUGAAGUGACUCUAUCCGGAUUGUUGAACUUCAUUGAUGGGUUAUGGUCAGCUUGUGGCAGUGAGAGGUUGAUCAUAUUCACAACUAAUUAUGUUGAAAAGCUUGAUCCAGCUCUUAUUAGGAGAGGGCGGAUGGAUAAGCAUAUUGAGAUGUCCUAUUGUUGCUAUGAAACGUUUAAGGUUCUUGCAAAGAACUAUCUAGAUCUUGACUCACACAAGUUGUUUGAAACCAUCCGCCGGAUGUUGGGGGAGACACAGAUGACUCCAGCAGACGUUGCCGAAAAUUUGAUGCCAAAGUCUGAUGAAGAGACUCCUGAAAUUUGCUUGAACAACUUGAUCAAAUCUUUGGAGGACACAAAAGAAGCAGCAAGACUUAAAGCUCUUGAAGAUGCCAGGAUCAAAGCUGAGGAGGAAGAAGCAAGUAAAAAGAAAGAAGAAAAUGGUGAAAAGGAACAAGAGAUUGAUGCAAAGUUAGCUGAUGAAGAAGGAAACAAGGCUAGUCAAGGAGCUGCAGUGGAUGCAAAAGAAAACGGUGUGAUGAAUCCAUGAGUGCAAAGUUAACCAAGAACCAUGCUACCAGUAAAUUUAGUUUGUUGAUUGUGUAAAGGAUUUAGGGUGUGCUUUGUUUAAAUGUUUUAUGUGCUAGUCAAAUUAGUAUGUAAAGGUUCAUCUGUAAUGUAAUUGUUUGUAAAGUGUUUAUGUUUAUCUGUAAAAAAUAAAUAAAAGUAAUCUUUAGUGGAAACA